CUCGGGCAGCGGGGCUGCUGGUUGCACAACAACUGCCCCAAUCGGCCCGGGGGAGGGGGGUACGGCGGCGGCGUGGCCUUAGGGAAAGGGUGGGGGCAGCCGGGACACGAGGUACCGAGGAGGACCCCGUGCUGAGCCAUCCCCGCGCCCAGCCUGGGCCGGGCUCUGUUGCCGCCAGCAACGCUCACGCUUCCGGAAGGGAAAACCGUCUGCUCUGGGACCUCCCGUUCGCCCGGCUUGAUCCCACGUUUCUAUGUGAUCGCCCCCGCUCCCCAGUCUCUAAAGCUAAUUUUAAAAAUCAAAGAAUGAUGUUUCAGGACUCUCCGGACGAUGCUGCCGGGAACCGGGAGAACGCCAUGCCCCCGGGGCUAAAACGCGCGAUUUGGGAGGAACCGGAGCAUGAAGGCCGCGAGCGAAAUGUCCGCAAAACGAUGGCCGAGGGUGGCAGGAAGGUGUUCGGGGUGCUACAGAACAACCAGGCUUUGCAGCCUCACCCCAAAUCUGUUUCAACAUCAGGAUUUUGCUGCGGCAAAGAAAAUUCUGGCCCACUACUCACUGGAAAAGCACCAACCAAACCAGCUUUCACUAUCCAUGUGGAUGAACCCAAUGACGUCGCACUUCAAAGUGCGAGCAGUACUGCAAGUUUGGUGCUAACUUCAACUGUGCUCUCUUUGGAAAGUUACCGGCCAUUGUCUUCCAUUAAGUCCAUCACAGAUGUUAGCUUUGAGUCUCCAAUGGAUAUGUCAAUAUCUUCAUGUGGUGAAGCAAAACAAGUAAAUGCUAAUGAAUUAUCUGAAUAUGCAGAUGAUAUACAUAAAUACCUAAGAGAAAUGGAGUUGAAAUGCAGACCCAAAGUUGGCUACAUGAAGAAACAACCAGAUAUAACUAACAGUAUGAGAGCUAUUCUUGUUGACUGGUUGGUUGAAGUUGGAGAAGAAUACAAAUUGCAGAAUGAAACACUGUAUUUAGCUGUAAACUACAUCGACAGAUUUUUGUCAUCUAUGUCAGUCCUUAGAGGAAAACUCCAGCUUGUCGGAACAGCUGCCAUGCUGUUGGCUUCAAAAUUUGAAGAAAUAUAUCCACCUGAAGUUGCUGAAUUUGUUUACAUAACUGAUGACACCUACACAAAGAAACAAGUUCUACGGAUGGAACAUCUCAUUCUUAAAGUUUUAUCAUUUGACUUGGCAGCACCAACAAUAAACCAAUUCCUUGUUCAAUAUGUUGGCCGUGAGAAGGCCAGCAGUAGAGUUGAGAGUCUCUGUAUGUACCUUGGAGAACUAAGCUUGAUCGAUUCGGAACCAUUUCUGAAAUAUCCACCUUCUGUCCUUGCUGCAUCAGCCUUUUGUUUGGCAAACUAUACGAUAUCACAGGCUGGCUGGCCUAGGUCAUUGGCUCAGUUAACUGGGUAUGUCUUGGAUACCUUAAAGCCAUGUGUGACAGACCUUUAUCAAAACUACCUCAAAGCACCAGAACAUGCACAGCAAGCAGUAAGAGAGAAAUACAAGAGCUCUAAGUAUCACUCUGUGUCAGUCAUUGAUCCUCCACUAACUUUGAACCUGCUAUUUUCACAGUGAUGCAUCAUUGUUGCCUAGUGUUUAUAUUGCAUACAUUUGUAAAAUCUGGAGACCGUUUUGUACAGCACAGUAUCUUUAAGGACAAAUGUGGGAUUUCAACUUGCCACUACAUCUUUUAGCACUGGAUAACUGCAAUCUACACCAUUAGUAAUUUUUGAUGACUUGUGUAUGCUUUAAGCAUUGUUUUAUACUUGUAUAUUUUACGAAUUAUGAACUUAUGUGCAAUCCCAUUGUGUACAUCUUUUAUAUUUGGAGCUAAAAUAACCAAACCAGAUUAGCAAAUAGGGCAAGCAGUUUUUCUUGAUUCGCAGGAACUAUGUGCAUUCAACUUUUUAUGGUGUAUUAGGUAUUUUGAAACAAUGGCAUCUUAGAUUUUUAAUAAUCUUGACUGGUUUUGUUUAACUAAUAGGGGAAUUAAACGUGUUAAGAGACCUGACUAAGGCCAGAAUGACCCAGUACAUCUAUUUUAGUAUGGGAAAGGCUCAUGAAUAAGUUAUAGUAACUUGAAAAAACAAAGGCCUGUUGUAAUAUGAUCAAUAUUAUGUCAAAAUUGUAUCUUCACUAGUUAAACCAAGUAUCAACAAGCUCUAGUUGAGGAUUAGCUACUUAGUGCUAAUGAUUCCAUUUCCUGCUACUAUCAUGUGGGAUAAAAGUUCUUGAAGUGCCGCUAUAUGUGAAUAUUUUGUAAUUCAUAAGAAUAUUAAAUCUAAUUGUCUAGAACAGAAUGCUGCCUUCAUCAGUAAUUUGACUUUCAGAAUACUGCCUUGUAUGUGAUUAGCAUUCUAGUAUUUUAUUUUAUUCUCUUCUG